AUGAGCCCAAUUUUCUAUCUGAAAGUAUAUCUCCUGCGCCUUCUAACUCGCCUAUUCGCUUGGCUUGACCGAAGAGGCGGCCCGUUGUCACCACCUGGUCCAAGUUUGAAAGUAAACAUCCCGUCGACAAUUUCCGGUUCCAAGGGAUCAUUCGAUGUGUUUUUCUAUUUCCCCCCGGGAUAUGACCGCAACGAUUCCAAGGAAAGCGGAUACCCAGUCGUUGUUAACUUUCACGGCGGAGGUUAUUGCGUCGGGCAUGCUCGCGACGAUGAACGUUUCAUUGCCGAGUUGACAUCUCGCGGUGCUGUUGUUGCAAGCGUCAAUUACCGCCUAGCACCCGAGAGUCCAUACCCAGUCGCGAUCGAAGAUUGUUUGGACGCAUUGCUUUAUAUCUGGCGCAAUGCCUCCUCUUUACAUAUUGACAAGCAUCGAACGAUUCUCUCUGGUUCAAGUGCUGGUGGCCACCUUGCCUUCGCUUCCCUUCUCAUGCUCUGGAAGCGGAUGAAGGAUAAAAACCUCCAAAUUAACCCUUUACGUCUGGGAACCGUCAAAGGAUUAAUGGCUUUUUAUCCAGUCAUGGAUAUGACUAAGAGCCGUGCGGAACGUGCUCUAUCCAAUCCAGCAUUCUCAGCACUGACGAAAAAGCCGGCAUCCUCAUCAAAACUGGUCGGAUCUGUUUUCGACGAGGCUUUCUUCCGGAAACUGAAAGAAAAGCCAGACAAAAGCUUUAUGUACCUCUCUCCCGGGCUUGCGCCUGAGAAUACGCUGAAAGAGGCAUUGCCCCCUAUCAUAUCGUUUAAACUCGCGGGUCUCGACUACCUCUUGAGCGAGGAGAAAGAAGCAGUUCGUCGGCUGAAACUGCUGGGAAAGCAAGUCGAUUGUGAAGUUGUAGAAGGGGUACCCCAUUAUUGGGACCACAUGGCAAGAACAACGGAGAUGAAGGAACUGAGGGACAAAUUUUUGGGAAAGGCAGCAGAUGAGAUGGAGCAAAUAUGGCAGAGUUGA